AGUUGGCGCCAGCUUGUUCAGAUACAGGCUUUGCUGGCUGGAUGGUCAGCCCGUCCGGGCUAGCUUGAGCCCAGGGCUCCUUCGGGUACUGUGUUCCUGCUCUAGGGCCUACAAGCCCCAUACUCCAAGACAGCGACAUGUCACAGGAGGCCACAGACACACCGGAAAUGCCAGGAGCAGGGCAUGGCCAGACUAAGGGCAAGGCGCGGUUACUUCUGGGCACUGACAAGAAGAAGAGCCGCCUCAACAGGACGCGGCAGGACCUAUGGGAAGACACCAGCUGGAGCAAUCACAGGUUGAACAGAGCCACCUCUGCCUCUCGAGGGACCAGAGCUAGGGGAACAGCUCAUGGCAGGAGCGAGGCCAGCCCUGAGAACGCAGCACGGGAGCGGACCCGGGUGAAGACUCUACGCCAGGCCUUUCUGGCCCUGCAGGCUGCUCUGCCUGCAGUACCACCGGACACCAAGCUUUCCAAGUUGGAUGUGCUGGUGCUGGCCACAAGCUACAUAGCCCACCUCACCCGAACACUCGGCCAAGAGCUGCCUGGCCCUGCCUGGCCGCCCUUUCUGCGUGGACUCUGCUACUUGCACCCUCUCAAGAAGUGGCCCAUGCGAUCUCGUCUUUACGCAGGAGGCUUGGGAUGCUCUGGCCUCGAUUCCACCACAGCCAUCGCUACUGGCCAAAGAACCUGGGAUGCAGAGGUGGGGUCCCAGGUCUCUGUGGCAGCAGAUAUGCUCCUCGCCGGCCCAGCCUCUCCAGCUCUUGGUAACAAAUGACCAACACACUCAUCCUAUUCUCUUCGACUGUGACUCUCAUUCAAGGACCAGGAUUUUCUACCCCUUCUACCUGUCUUCCCCCUGAUUCUUUGGAUUUGACUCAAGCUCAACUUUCAAGCCCCCAGCAGGCAGAAGCAGCAGCGAUGACGUCAGCCUCCAGCAGGCAGAAGUGACAGUGAUGACAUCAUUGGUAUAGAGUUCCGAGGGA